AUGCUAGGAACAUAUGGUGUGGUUUACAAAGCCUUGGAUACCCGCCACAACAACCGUGUGGUAGCCUUGAAGAAGAUCAGAUUGGAGUCUGAGGAUGAAGGUGUGCCUUCUACAGCUAUCAGAGAGAUUUCGUUGCUCAAGGAGAUGAGAGAUGACAAUAUCGUGCGUCUUUACGACAUCAUCCACUCCGACUCACACAAGCUCUACUUGGUUUUUGAGUUUUUGGACUUAGAUUUGAAGAAGUAUAUGGAGCUGAUUCCCCAGGGAGCAGGCUUGGAGCCUUCCAUGGUCAAGAGGUUUAUGCACCAGUUGAUCAAAGGUAUCAAGCACUGCCAUUCACACCGUGUUUUGCACCGAGACUUGAAGCCUCAAAACUUGCUUAUUGACAAGGACGGUAACUUGAAGCUCGCUGACUUUGGUUUGGCUCGUGCUUUCGGUGUGCCCUUGCGUGCUUACACCCACGAGGUGGUGACGCUUUGGUACAGGGCCCCGGAGAUUCUUUUGGGUGGUAAACAGUAUUCGACUGGUGUGGAUAUGUGGUCUGUCGGAUGUAUCUUUGCCGAGAUGUGCAACAGAAAACCGCUUUUCCCUGGUGACUCCGAGAUUGAUGAGAUUUUCCGUAUUUUCAGAAUUUUGGGUACGCCCAACGAGGAGGUGUGGCCAGACGUGACGUACUUGCCGGACUUCAAAACAACAUGGCCAAAGUGGGAACGUAGUGACUUGGGCCCGCACAUUCCUUCGUUGGAUAGGGACGGUGUCGACUUGCUUGAGCAAAUGUUGAACUACGACCCCAGCAACAGAAUCAGCGCCAAGAGGGCGUUGGUGCACCCUUACUUCCAGGAAGACAAUGACGAAGCCUACGACAGCUAUCCUCGCUCAGUGAACAUGGGCUAA